GCUCGAUCGACAGUUCGUGCCAAGACUCAGAAGUGUGUAGAUGGUCUGUGCUCGGCUAAGCAAUAGUGUAGAUUUUCAGUGCUAUUCGAGUCAAAUUGUGAAUGGUUUACAUGUGAGACUUUCAAACUAAAGUUGCUUUUAAAAAGAGUUAAAUAAAUGAAUUAAUUUUGCCGUGCUCAAAACAGUUCCAAUCAAGUGAAUAAAACUCAAGAUAAACGGGAAGAUAUAAGAUUGUCGAUCAGAAGAAGACCAGAAACGGCGGUGGAGGAGACUGGAUGUUUUUGCUUCUAUGUUCCCAAGAAAGGGAGAGCGAAUAAUUCGUACAUUCGGUAAUAGCAACAAUAAUCGCACAGCGCUGCACUAGCAUAGCAUUGCAAGGAACGUAAAGAGAAAGAGCAAACGCGGCACGCGAACAGAAGAGAGCGCUGCACAUCGCGAUUCAUCUUUGUAUCAGUUUUGUUUUGCUAAUCAAGCCACCACCGAAAGGAGAGAAACAGAUACACCUUUCGACACUAACAUUUGUAACAUAAUCGUCAAAAACUUUUACGUCGAACAAACGAAGAGUAACGGCCAUUCAGCUAACAGUGUUAACAUACGAUCAGCGUCAUCAAUGGAGGAACAUGGUGUGGCUGUGUCACAGGGUGCGGAUGAAGGAGGAGGGAAAGCUGGAAGUAGCGUUGAUCGUCCCUUCGCUUCUGUUAGUGGCGAAGGGGACGAAGCAGUAAAGUCUGAAGGAAGCAGCCAAAAUCCGCCAAAACAGUCACGUCCACGGUCGCAUGGCAAUAACAAGAACAAGCUGCAUUUUUCAAGGAAUCAGGGUAAAAAUAAAAAGUGGAAGCUAAACAAGUUUAGAAGAAAUCAAAAGGAUAGCGGUUGCGGAAAAAAGAAGGACCAACAGAAAAAUCAAGAUUGUCCGUCUAUUGGUUGCAAGGGGGAUGAUAAACAACAACAGCCUGGUGGGGCCAACUCAGACCAGAAACAGUCGCAAGGUGGUGGAAAAAGUAAACACUCGAAACAAAAUUCAAAUAACUUGAUGCAAGUACGAACUAAGUGUUUGCAGGCGGUUUCGAAAUUUUUCCUACCGGAUAAACGUCCUAGGAAAGAUUGCAUUAUUCCACCAACCAAGUUUCUUUUAGGAGGAAAUAUUUCGGAUCCUUUGAAUUUGAAUAGUUUGCAAAAUGAGUCAGAAAAUGCUAUUACCCCGAAAUCGUCACCAAUUCCCACUCCUCCACAUUACAAGAACAAAAUAGAAGUUAUUAUACCGCCCAAUAUCAAUGAUCCGCUACAUUUGUUGGAUCCGGUAGAUUCAGUAGAAUACGAAAUGCAGCUGUGUUCUCCAAUGAAGAAAAAGCAACGUGCCCGCAACAAACGAAAACGAAAGUCAAAAUCUGAUAAAAAUAAUCAAAGCAUAGAAACCAAUAACAGUAACUUGAGUGGGCAGUUGAGUAUAAGUCUUUCAGAGACCGAGGCAACCACUGCAGAGGAGGCCCAGUUAGAAGCCCCGUCGGUAUCAACCAGUAGGGAAGCGGAUCAUACGUUGGAGAGUGGGAAUACCGGAGAUCGGGAUCGGAGCCACAAACAUUUGAAGUUGGAUUUGGAGAUUUGCAGGAAACGUCGCAUUAGUGAAAGCACUUGUGCUAGCAAAAGCAAGUUACGGCGAAUGGAUUCUAUGGAUAAAAUAGUUAGUCCUGUUGUUCCACAACCCGGUGCUUGGAAACGCGGUCAUUGGCCAACAUUACCGGUUGGAGGGCGAAAUCGCACAAGGACGCAAUCAUGUACAUCUAAUUGCGACGACUCACAGCUAGCUCCCAAGCAAAGUGCAACGGAAACCGACAGUAAUACCAACAACAGUGCACAGUCGUCUGAAACAAAUCAGAUCAACAAAAAUAACGAGGAGCCCAGUACAUCUGCAAUUGGUGGAGAAGAGUGCACUACUAAACCUCAGGAAGAAACUAAGUAUCACUACGGUAAUUAUGAUCGAUACUAUGGAUAUCGUAAUUUGAACGAAUUUAUAGAUGUACGGCUCAAAGUUUUUCUGCGAAAUCCGUAUUUGUUUCGCGAAAAGGAUGUGCUUGAUAUAGGCUGCAACGUAGGCCUAAUGACCAUUGCUGUAGCAAAAAUGUUACAUACAAAAAGCAUUACAGGCGUUGAUAUAGACAGUAAAUUAAUAUCUAAAGCCAGGCGAAAUUUGGUAACGCACGUUCGUGUUCCUCCGGAAGAAUCGUAUAAGUCAAUGAUGAAAAAUAGAAGAGAGGCCCAUAAAGCUGAGAAAGCUGAGCCCCACAUUAAAGAUCCUGAAUCUACAUCUAUAGAAACACUGCAGAGUACAAAACAGCUGGAAUCUACCGAAAUUGUCCCAGAGUGUUCUAAAAAAUCAAAACAAAAGAGCAGACAACACCAUCGACGAAAAUUUGUUGGUAAUAACCACGCACAUGGCAAACAUCAUAACAAUCAUCAUCACAACCACCGUCAGCAACAACAUAAGAGAGAUCCUCGAAAAGGAAAGGCGGAUUUCUUUCCAAUUUCUUUUCCGUUAUCACUCAGCAAUAUAGGCGCAAGAGAGUGUCGGUUGGAUAUUGGCUGCCCUGAUCGACGAUUUCCUAACAAUGUAAUUUUCAAAACUAUGAAUUACGUUUUGAAGGAUGAGUCUCUUAUCAGCUACGAUACACAACAAUACGAUUUGAUAUUAUGCUUGUCUGUUACCAAGUGGAUCCAUCUCAAUUUUGGCGACAACGGAUUGAAGUUGGCAUUCAAGCGAAUGUUCAACCAUCUGCGCCCCGGAGGAAAGCUAAUUCUGGAAGCCCAAAACUGGGCAAGCUAUAAGAAAAAGAAAAAGUUAACGGACACCAUUUUUGAAAACUAUAAAAAUAUUGAAUUUUUUCCCAAUCGAUUUCAUGAUUUUCUAUUGAGCCCAGAAGUAGGUUUUAGUCACAGUUAUCCACUGGGCAUUCCGCGUCAUUUAAGCAAAGGUUUUAGACGGCCUAUUCAGUUAUACGUAAAGGGUGAUUUUACACCAAGUCAGGCACAAUGGAGUGACACAUAUCAUCCGCAAACACCCUAUGUGAAUAAUCACAACAUAUAUUCAGAUAUCGCCACACCAACGAGAAAUAAUUGCAUUUGGGGUUCAACUACACCAUACCAACCAAGUUACAGUACCCGCUGUACGCCGGUGCAUGGCUUUAUGGCAACAUCUCCUUACUACAAUCCACGUCAAACCGACAGCUAUCAACCAAGUUAUGGCGCUAGUAGUCGACGGGGAAGCUACUGUUUUGCAUCACCACUAUACUCGACUACCUGGUCGCCGCCAUCGGAUUUAUGUCACCGACGAUCCGCCUCAAACACGCCUAAUUCGGCGAGUAUUAGAAGUGCUGAAAACGAUGAAAACUAUUGCGCACAACAAAAUCGACCCCACGUGUAUCCCCCUAUGGAGGUUUUUCCGUUAGAAGCGUCUGCUUACGGAAGGUUACAAGGACAGGAAUCGAGUAGCAUACGUCAGACAGAUUCUGACUCAGAACCGUCAUCUAAUUCUGCGUCGCAAACACCAACCAGACCCGAUUUGGAUCAAUCUUCUAACUCGCCAAGCACUACACAAUCGCAACCGGACAAGUAAAAAAAAACAGUUUGAUUUUUUUUUCUGCACAACACAUCGUAUUUCAUUCUGUGAUUGAAUUUCAUGUUGACAUUCAGCAAAUUUCAAAACCAAUCUAUACCUAGAAUUGAUGCGAAACUAGUCCGCUGACGCUAUGAGUUAGAUUGCAUUUUCUGGUGUUGAAGAUAGAAGGUAGUGAAAAGGGUCCAUGGUCCUUGAUUUUGCUUUGUUACAUUUUGUCUUGUAUCUCAGAUAUCUACUAAGAAUAGUACUGUACAUAGCUCGUAAGAGGAUUACAAAUCUUAUCUACUAUUA